AUGCCCUUUUACGAGCUUGUUUGUAUUACCCGUUCACACCUUGCCCAGGGCAAUCUCAAAGAUCUCAUUCGAACCUCGGCUACACAAAUCUUGGAGAAGGGUGGUGUCGUUCGAGGCUUUGACAACUGGGGUGAUCGUCCUCUGCCACAUCGUAUCAAGCGUCACCAAGAAUACUUCAAUGAGGGACAAUAUUGGCUCAUGCACUUUGACGCAAACCCACUGAUCGUACAAGAACUUGGAAAGAAGUUACUGGUCGACUCACGCGUGUUACGACACACCUUUGUCAAGUUAGGGGAUAAGCUCGAAACCGUUGUCGCUCGUCCUGAUAAAACGCAUUAA